AGAGAGAGGGGUAGAGAGAUGGGGGAGAGGGACGAUUACAAGUUUCUUCAAAUAAGAGAUGCAAUCGCUUCCAUUAACCAGAAAGUUAAUCUCAUCGGCGCCAUUAUCGAAUUCGGUUUACCCAAGAAAACCAGAGGCACUGGCCGGUCUUACGGCUGCUACCUCUUUUAACUUCUUUUAACUGGGUUUUGGUAGUAGAUUGAUGAAUCAUCUGGGUAAAGAUUGGUUCUGUACGCUGAAAAUAAUCGAUGAGUCAUAUCCCAAACCGGGAAUAUCAGUUAAUAUAUUCGCAUCAAGUAUGGAAAAUCUUCCUCGUAUUUCUUCGCUUGGAGAUAUAAUUCAGCUUUCUCGUGUCGUGAUGAAGACUCAUCAUGGGGAAGUAAAUGCUGUUUUCAACAAAGCAUUCUCUUCUUUUGCUUUAUAUGAAGGAAAAAAUGGUGGAGACUUCGUUCCUUAUCAAUGUUCUACAAGAUAUCACCAUAGAGACCGGGACUCGAAGUUUGUAUUAGGCUUGAGAAAAUGGUUAGCUGACUUCCAGGUUGAUGAAGGUCCAAAUAGCUUCUUGUUCCUCAGAGAGAUAAAGGAAGGGGAAAGAGCUAAUUUGGUUUGCAAGGUGCUUCAUAUAUGUGAGAUUUGUGAGCAUGAGUGGAUGGCCUUUGUUUGGGAUGGAACUGAUUCUCCACCACUCGGCAUUGAGACGAAGCUAGAAAAUGAAACGGACAAUCCACUUCCCUUACAAGUUGAACCCAAACCUUUGCCAAGAGAUUUGUUAUGUACAUUUCCAACUGUUGGAACAAUACUAAGGGUAAUCAUCGACAAAGGCAACGAGAAGCAUGUUCUCCACUUAUUGACUGCUGGCAAAUGGGUGAGAUUUCUCAACAUUCUUUGUGAAGUGCAUGAAGGAUUAUGGCAUGGUGUGUUGACACCUUUCACAAAGAUUCGUUACAUGUCAGAUGACAACCGUCUCAUUGUAGGGUGCCAGAGGUCUUACAAUGAACGCUUGUCAUUAGAAUUGGGGCGCAUACCAUAUUGGUGUUUUCCUUGGUGUUCACAACUUACAGAGGUUGAUUAUGACCAUGUGCCUUUUGUUACGAUAAUGGAUGUCCUCACCUGUUCACAGGUGACAGCUAAAUUCAAGUGCAUAGUACGGGUAGUGGCUGCAUUGCCAUGGCGUGUCGAGGACUUCUGCUCUCAUCUUGGAACAUACAUGAUUAGAUUGACCAUAGAAGAUCCAACUGCCAGAAUCCAUGCCUUUUUAUUUGAUGAAGAUGGGGAUAAGUUUUUUGGCGGGCGUUCCUCCAUUGAUGCAUUGACAAGAAAGCGAAACAAGUUGCUUGGUGUGGCUGUGAAUGAUGAUGGCAAGGAAAUUGAGGAUGCUGCAAGAAAACCACCAUGGGUGCAGUGUUGCAUAAAAUCCUAUUACCUUGAUAAAAAUAACACUUGGGGAACUAGGCAUUAUAGAAUUUUUGGUACCAAGCUUGUAGAUUAAUGAAGUUAGAUUUAGAUUUGAUGUAAUUAUCUAAUGUAAAUAAACUGUAGGCACUUGUGUAAUAAUCUAAUAUAUUGUGCAGUUAGGAAUGUAAAUAAAUCAAUUAGAUCUAAAAUUGA